CAUGACAAAACUUUAUUCAAACGCCACAUAGGGUGGAAGUGAGUUGUUUAGGGGGAAACGUGAGGCUGUUGAUAUGGCGGACCCGGUGACACAGACCUCCGCGCUGCCCCGACUUCAGCAAGCUCAGGCCAGCGGUCCGACAGGGUCCAACCUAAACCACGGAGCCGGGAGCAGCAGCGACCCAGCCCGACCAGGCCUGAGUCAACAGCAGUGGUCCAGCCAGAAGAAAUCACAAGUCCGCGCCUUUCCGAGGGCUAAGAAGCUGGAGAAACUCGGAGUGUUUUCGUCCUGCAAGGCGAAUGAAGCUUGCAAGUGCAACGGGUGGAAGAACCCCAAUCCACCAACGGCCACUCGUAUGGAACUCCAGCAGCAGGCAGCCAGUCUUACGGAGGCCUGCAGAAGCUGUGGCCACUCCUUGGCGGAACAUGUGUCUCACCUGGAGAACGUGUCUGAAGAGGAGAUUAACAGAUUGUUGGGAAUGGUGGUGGAUGUUGAGAAUCUGUUCAUGUCUGUCCAUAAAGAAGAGGACACAGACACAAAGCAAGUCUACUUUUAUUUGUUCAAGUUGUUGAGGAAGUGUAUCCUGCAGAUGGGGAAGCCAGUGGUGGAAGGCUCUCUCGGUAGCCCUCCCUUUGAAAAACCCAACAUAGAGCAGGGGGUGUUGAACUUUGUUCAGUAUAAGUUCAGUCAUUUGGCUUCUAAGGAGAGGCAGACCAUGUAUGAGCUCAGUAAGAUGUUUCUGCUCUGUCUGAACUACUGGAAACUGGAAACCCCAUCACAGUUCCGACAGAGGGCUCAGAAAGAGGAUGCAGCCGCCUACAAAGUGGAUUAUACCAGGUGGUUGUGUUACUGUCAUGUUCCUCAGAGUAAUGACAGCUUACCCCGGUACGAGACCUGUCAGGUGUUUGGCCGCAGUCUGCUGAAGUCCAUCUUCACUGUCACACGCAGACAAUUACUGGAGAAGUUCAGAGUUGAGAAAGACAAACUGCCACCAGAGAAACGCACGCUGAUCCUCACACACUUCCCCAAGUUUCUCUCUAUGUUGGAGGAAGAGAUCUAUGGAGAGAACUCCCCCAUUUGGGAGGCAGAUUUCACCAAGCCAGCCUCGGAAGUAUCGCAGCUGGGCCAUCAGACAGUGCUCAGUCCUGUGGCGGUGUCUGGUUCUCCUCUCACUAAGGGCAGCAGUGCUUCUGUUCUGGUUGGGUCAGUUUUGGAAUCGGCCUCCUCUGAAACCAUAGCUGGAGAGAAGCGAAAGCUUCCCGAGGCCUUGACCUUGGAGGAUGCUAAGCGGAUCAGAGUGAUGGGCGACAUCCCCAUGGAACUGGUCAAUGAAGUCAUGAAGACCAUCACAGACCCUGCUGCCAUGCUGGGGCCAGAGACCAGUCUGUUGUCCGCUAACGCAGCCCGUGAUGAGACGGCUCGUCUGGAAGAGAGGCGAGGCAUCAUUGAGUUCCAUGUGAUUGGUAACUCUCUCUCUCAGAAGUCCAAUAAGAAGAUUCUAAUGUGGCUUGUGGGCCUGCAAAAUGUUUUCUCCCACCAACUUCCCCGCAUGCCCAAAGAGUACAUCACACGUCUUGUAUUUGAUCCAAAGCACAAGACUUUGGCUCUUAUUAAAGAUGGCCGUGUGAUUGGAGGGAUCUGCUUCAGGAUGUUCCCCACACAGGGAUUCACAGAGAUUGUCUUCUGUGCGGUUACUUCAAACGAGCAGGUCAAGGGCUAUGGCACACACCUGAUGAAUCAUCUUAAGGAGUACCACAUCAAACAUGGCAUUCUGUACUUUCUCACCUAUGCUGAUGAAUAUGCCAUUGGCUACUUCAAGAAACAGGGCUUCUCCAAAGACAUUAAAGUGCCAAAGACCCGUUACCUCGGUUACAUCAAAGACUACGAGGGCGCCACGCUGAUGGAGUGUGAGCUCAAUCCCAGAAUUCCCUACACAGAACUCUCUCACAUCAUAAAGAGACAGAAAGAGAUCAUUAAGAAGCUAAUCGAGAGAAAACAGAAUCAGAUCAGGAAAGUGUAUCCUGGACUCACCUGCUUCAAAGAAGGAGUGCGACAGAUCCCUGUGGAGAGUAUUCCAGGCAUCAGAGAGACAGGUUGGAAACCCAGUGCUAAGGAGAAAAGCAGUAAAGAGCUGAAGGAUCCAGAUCUGCUGUACAACAUGCUAAAGAAUCUACUGGCACAGAUUAAAACACAUCCAGAUGCCUGGCCUUUCAUGGAGCCAGUGAAGAAAUCUGAAGCCCCAGACUAUUAUGAGGUCAUCCGCUUUCCCAUUGACUUGAAAACGAUGACUGAGCGUCUGAAGAAUCGGUAUUACGUCACAAAAAAACUGUUCAUUGCUGACCUGCAGAGAGUGAUCACAAAUUGCAGGGAGUACAACCCUCCAGACAGCGAGUACUGCAAGUGUGCCAACACACUGGAGAAAUUUUUCUACUUCAAACUGAAAGAGGCCGGACUCAUUGACAAGUGAUGGGCAUCCAGCCUAUAAUAAGGGACCAGUUAGAUACUGUAGAGUAUGUCAUGACACAAACACACAGAUUUGUUCAAACAUAACAUUUUGAGCAUACACAUCUAAACCUGUUGAAAUGUGCUGCUUUCAGUUUCUUUGUUUCAAAUAUUCACUCCCUUAUUCAGCAUAGUUGUAAAACACAAGGUUAUAUUUGUGUGUGUUUGAUUGCGGUGCCAGUGCAUUAAGGGAAAAUGGAAACUGAAAGGCUGUUUGAUGUGGGUGUUAGUUUAGACAGAUAUGACUGUAACCAGUUCUGUUCUUUCUUCUGACUCUUCUCCAUAAAACGAAUGAUUCAUGUGAACCACGAGUUGUUGGCAUCUGCUCUAUAUACACAAACAUUUUAUCACAUAACAUAAAGUGUUUUUCUGAGAAAAUUCCCUGACCAGAAAUGCUGCAGCCAAAGAUGGACAAAGUUUGGCCUCUAGUGAUGACCUCACAAUUGACAUGUCACUGUGAUGCCACCAUUCUUUGCCAAAGCUGUUUGUUUGAAACAGCCAAUAAUGAUAUACAGGAUGUGCCUAUACACAUACAGUAUCAUAAUUGGUACUGAUAAAGUCAAUCACAUGAUAUACAGCCAAUUAUGAUAUAAAGGAUGUGACUAUUCACUGACUUUAUCAGUAUCAGUCUGAAAAUGUGGAAAAAAUGUCAGAGUUUUUUGGUUUUUUCCUUUCUUCAAAUUGAUUUAGUGGCUUUCAUUGGAGAAAUGACUGAAACUAUCCCCAUCUUCAGUGUUUGAUUCAGUUAUUCAGCUCAUACCGUGGCUGUUUGUUAAUGCCCUUGAUGAAGUGUUUAUCUAUGUUUUCUUUAAAGGCCUUCAGCAUGUCAUGACCUCAGGUGCAGUCAUUCAGAAAUGUAUUCUGUGGUUCUGAAAUUUCCACGUUUUUUUGGAACUUAGUACAGUUUUCGAAACCAGUGUACCACCUAGUUUGGACCAGCAACACUUCAAACUUCAUGCUAUUUCCAGUUAGGUCAUAAAUGCAAAUAUGUUCUCAGGCAUAAUGGAGAAAAGCUCCAAACUUCAGAUCUACAAACUUUAAUCACUCAUAAUAGCUGAAGUGUCAUUACAAUACCUGCUACUACCUAAAAAAUGCACAGUAACAUAAACAAUUAUAUCCAAAUGUGCACACGUUUUCUUUGAUACCGCAUGUUCUCUUCAAGUUUACUGUUCACAUACAGGUGGCUGGACAGGACAGGUGUUCUGUUGGUUUGUUUUUCAGUCUCUAGUAAUGGGCAUAUACUUGAAUCACAUUUUUGAGAAACUGCUGCAAUGUUAUUGUUUUAUCAGGGUUCUAUAUUUUGGUUGUUUCAUUCUCGUUUUAUACUGUAGGAUGCUGAUGACACCUCAUGAAGAGGAUGGGUGUGCUAGUGAGGUGUUGGCUGUGGUUACAUUUGGAAGAUGCAUGCAAUGGUUCUAUGUACUAUAAUUAUGUUUGUU